AUCUCGCUCAUCUCUUCAGCUCAGCAGAAUCUGUUCAUCCUGAGACGGACAAGAUGGCGAAGUGAGUGGGUUGCGUUUCGAGAAGAAAGCAGCGGCUCACCUCUUUUUCUUCAACGUUAAAACGUCAGUUAACUAGAUGUACGUUCUCAUAAGCUGGUGAGACAUCGCUAAGAAGAAAAGUCGCCCCUCAAAGCGAGGUGAUUCGAAGAAAGCGUCGAGGACAUCGACUUCUCCGUGUCCUUUCUGGCUAAGCUGCUAGUCAGCUAUUCGGGUAAAUGCUCUAGCGAAAAAACCCCGCAUCCUCAGGGAAAUAGCCUUGUUUUUUUACUUGCAUGAAAAGGCAAUACAUCUGUUAAAACCAAUGUUCGUUAUCAUCUCCGUUUCGUCGUUGUGAUUAGUUAAGGACACGGCUAGCGAAGAACCAUUUUAAGCUAGUUAGCAUUGUUUCGACUGGACUGAGUCUUCAAGAGAGAAAAACGCCAAAACCUCACCCCUUCACACCGUUUCAGAGUAUUUCUCGGAUUUUUUUAGGACAUGGCCAGCAGCAGUGGCUCGAAAGCCGAAUUUAUAGUCGGUGGGAAAUACAAGCUUGUUCGCAAAAUCGGAUCUGGGUCCUUUGGGGACAUUUAUUUGGCAAUCAACAUCACCAAUGGAGAGGAGGUAGCUGUUAAAUUGGAGUCACAGAAAGCCAGACACCCUCAACUCCUGUAUGAAAGCAAAUUGUACAAAAUUCUGCAGGGAGGAGUCGGGAUCCCACACAUCAGGUGGUAUGGCCAAGAAAAGGACUAUAAUGUCCUAGUGAUGGACCUGCUGGGGCCAAGUCUGGAAGAUCUCUUUAACUUCUGUUCCCGCAGAUUCACAAUGAAAACUGUCCUUAUGCUCGCAGAUCAGAUGAUUAGCAGAAUUGAGUAUGUGCACACAAAAAACUUCAUCCACAGAGAUAUCAAGCCAGACAACUUUUUAAUGGGUAUUGGCCGUCACUGUAAUAAGUGUUUAGAAUCUCCAGUGGGGAAGAGGAAAAGAAGCUUGGCUGUUAGUUCUUCUCAGGACCCAUCUUUCUCAGGAUUAAACCAGUUGUUCCUAAUUGAUUUUGGUCUGGCCAAGAAAUACCGAGACAACAGGACACGACAGCACAUACCCUAUAGAGAAGACAAAAAUCUCACAGGCACAGCUCGAUAUGCCAGCAUCAAUGCACAUCUGGGCAUCGAGCAGAGUCGUCGAGAUGACAUGGAGUCGCUAGGAUACGUGCUGAUGUACUUCAACAGAACCAGCCUGCCGUGGCAGGGACUGAAGGCUGCCACAAAGAAACAGAAGUAUGAGAAGAUUAGUGAGAAAAAAAUGUCGACCCCAGUCGAGGUGUUGUGUAAGGGGUUCCCUGCAGAGUUUGCCAUGUACCUGAACUACUGUCGUGGUUUGCGGUUUGAAGAGGCACCUGACUACAUGUACCUGCGUCAGCUUUUCCGCAUUCUCUUCAGAACUCUCAACCACCAGUAUGACUACACAUUUGACUGGACCAUGCUGAAGCAGAAAGCAGCACAGCAAGCAGCCACCUCAGGGGGACAGGGGCAACCAGUACAAACCCCCACAGGUUUCUAAGCAUUAAGACAAUGUAAUGAAGCAGAGCAGAGGUCGUAGCAGGAUUUGCCUUCCAAUCACACCCCGGCAUCUAGGAUCAAAUUCACCAGAACCUGCCAGGCACUGUGGGCAACCCUUUUCCUGUUAAAAAAAAACUUUUGUUCCAUAUACUAUAUAUGUAAUCGAUAUAUAUAGAAAAUAUGCUCUGCAUAUAUCUAUAUAUUGGUAUGUAUAUACUAUAUCCUCACAGAGAGCAGGCUUGGUUUGGAGUUGGAAGCUGUAGCCUUUUCUAUAGUCCUGUCCCUUAAGACUUUUUGCCCAUCUUUCUUUGAAACUGAAAACUGUAGAAAAUCGUUGACGCGCUGGGGAUGUAAUUGUGCACAUGCCAAUACUUUCCAGAGUUUUCUCCUUCAGGAUAGCUGUUUGGGGUCCUUCCCCAGAUCUUGGUUGCCCAUCAAACCAGUUUUGGCCCCUUUUCCCUUUUCAUCCUCCUUUCGUCACAGACCGUGGCAUAAACCCAGACACUCUUCUGUCAGAAUGGAGGCAUCUGAGACCACCCCCCCCCCCCCCCCCCCCACCCCCACCCAAACAAAGUGAGACAUCUAAGAUUAAAUCUGUUAAUGUUUUAAAUGUAUCCAAAUAAUUAAAAGGCGAACAUUGGAUUUAUUUUUCUUUUCUAAAAAAGGUAAUUAUGGUUCUGCCUGCUGAUAUGUGCUAGAGAGCUUCUAAUGUGAAGAUUAAAAAAAAAAACAUUCUAGUGACUACUAGGUUUCUCUUUAGAACAUUGCAUUAACUAUAUUGUACUUGGUAUUCUGAAGUCUAAAAAAAUAAAAGAUAAACUUCACAAAAGAAUAUUCAUUACAAAUUAGGCAUCACUCAACUAAACCUGUAUGUUAAUUGCUUAGAUGGAAAUUGUAUGCAUCAAUGAUCUGGUUUUUAUUUUUCUCUUUUGAAAAAUGUUCAUGUUGAUUGAGAAAGUAACCGUUUGUAAGAUUAAUCGCUAUGAUAGCCUCCAUGUUCUGUUUUGAGAGAAAAAUGUGCUCACUCCACCCUUUCCAUUACCAUAUUUAUAUGCAUAUAUCUUUUUUUUUUUUCUUUUUUUUAAUCAGAAAAAGUUGUACUUUUUCAGUUUUAUAGAGUUGUCUUUCCCUGUAUAGAAUCGAUAAUCGGGGGGAAAGGAUUUUUGUUGCUUCUUCCUGUGGUGAAGCAGAUCCUCAUGUAAAAUAUCUCUGGGACUUACUCUCUGCAACAUUUUUUCGCUGCUGUUCAGUAGCGGCCUCUUGCUCAUUGUUUCUUUUUUUUAUUGCAAAAAGUGUUGGAGGGUUUCUUUUCUAUAUGUUUUGGUUCUUUUGAGGCAAGAGCAGUUUGAUUCAUUUUUAUUUUAUUUCCUCAGUCUUUAGCAACAACAAAUGCACUCCAGUAACCUGGCUUUUUCCCCCCUUUACCUCCAAACUGUCCCUCAGAACCAGCUUAAAGCAUUUUACAGCUGAACAUUCUAUAAAAGUGUAAUUUAUUCCCUUUUAGCAUGUCAGAAUAAAUUAAAAUGACUUCUCAGAACUGCUGUCCCAGUCUCAGUAAUUUUACGAGAAGUAGUCCCCUCCCAUUUGUUCAGGUAUCAUUCUCUAGUCUGCACAUUUGUUAACAACCACAACCAGGCAUCAACCUUUUUUUAUUUUUGACACUGAAAAUGAAAUGCUUUAAAGAUUGAUAAGGCAAAAUGCUUUGUUCUCUAAAAUAGUAAGCUUUGAAAGAUUUUGUUUCAAGUGUUGAAUGGGACACCUGGAAAAGAUCUGGUAUUGCUGUAUUUCCAGGACAGCAGGUCCUGUGCAAUUCUUGUGGGGGUGGUGGGUAGUUCUAGGUGCUUGUGGUGUUUUCAAUUUCCAGGAUUUAUAUCUGUAAAUAUUAAAAUGGCUUCAAAUGGCA